CACCGCAGCAGCAGGGCUCCCAACAUUCGAUAACACAUCCCGUGCACAGACCGACAAGCAAUCUUUGCUACAUCACGAGUUUGUUAUUAAAAUUGAAGACCAACUUUCAAAUCCUUACAGAAUAAAGAUGAACAAGCUAUUGACCGUCGCACUUCUCGCACAGGGAGCCAACGCUUUCGCUCCUGCCGGAAAGCCCCUCGCCGCUGUCCAACAGCAACGAUUGGAUGGUGAGUGUCGGGCGGUGUAGCGGAGCAAAUUGUCGAAGUACCACCGAAACUCAUCCGCCCCCAUGUGUUGUCUCAUUCCGUCGCUUUUGUUCUGUCAUUCGUGUCUCUUUUCUAUCUUCUGCCUCGUUGCCAACCUGGGAUUCGAAUGCUUCCAAACCCAUGUUGUUGUUGUUGUUGUUGUUGUUGUUGCAGUCGUCGCCCUUUCCAUGAACGCCCCGUUCUUUGCUUCUGAGGAGCCCUCCGCCGACGCCCCCGCAGCCGAGGCCGAUGGCGAGACGGAUUUCGACACCAUGUCCCUCGAGGAAGAAGUCGAGACACUGGCGAACGAAGAGAUCACGAAGAUGAAGCGUGCUUCUAACCUCAGAAACGCCAAUGGUGUUGAAUACGCGCCAUGGAUGAACAUCACUCCCGAGGCGGAGGCCGAGAUCAAGACGGUUAUGAAGCAAAAGGCCGAGGCCCGCCGCAAGCGCAAGGACCAGGAGGCCGGCGUUUCGGGAGCCCUCCUCAUGGACUCCCAGGCCCAGGAGCUCAGCGGGGGUGGCCUCAACUGCAAGGUCGUUUCCAACAACGAGGUCGAACUCACGUGGGCUACCAGCUCUGAGGCUUCCACGAAGGGAUUCGCCAUCAAGCGCCGCAAGGCCCGAACGGAAGACUUUGUAACCAUUGCCUCCUACGAGAGCUGGGGACCGCUGGCUUCCAAGGGCGUCGACGGAGGACAGUAUUCGUACCUCGACGACACGAUCUCCCCCGGAGGCUGGGUCUACCGCAUCACCGAGUGCGAGACAUCCGGUGCCGAGAACGAUAUUUGCCAGGCCCUCGUCGAGGUCCAAACCGAGGACGAGCAGCGCGGAGCUGUGAUUGCCGCCGUCGGAAUCGUUGUGCUCGCAAUCGGUGCCUUUGCGGCCGGAAUCAUGCUGGAUCCCGUGGGGGGAUUCUAGGCGUGCCUCAGCGGCGCAGCAUCAUCCGAAUGCACCAAUGCGUGCAAACGAUACGAACGACCAUUGCAUUCUGUCUUGCUAUACCCUAGAGAUCAAGAAUCGAGCGAACACAAACUAACAAAUACUUCGAUCCUUGCCGUACAGAGAUCGACAGUUGAUACACGGAGAGCACCAGACGGAGCUGAAGGAAACGAGGCGAUACACUACCUUGCUGUAGAGGCUGGGUUUGUGGGACCACCGAACUGAUGGAUGCUGGAGCCAUAAUUCAACGAUACAGUCAGUCCGAGGCAUCAGGAUCCCCAGCCCAAUUUCAACGCAGCUAUAACGUUUUAGUUAUUCUAAAUUUAUCUAUCCGAACAUGUUCUAUCACAUACUUUACA